GUUCAUCACCAAAGACCUUGACUCCAUAACUAAUUGCUCUAAGUUGAUAGUUAAAAAUUAUUUGACUAAGCCUUGUUUAAUUUAGUUGGUGAAUAAAAUUAAGUUGGAAAUAAAAUUUUAAUUAUGCUCUAUUGAGCUUCAUCUCAUACUAAAUAAACUCACCACAAUGAAUAAAAUUGAACAAUAUGAAGUAGAAUUUACUUCCUUCAGUUUACUCCCUUCUGCAACCACCACACUAGUGGUUGAGUGCAAAUGCGGUAAAUUCUACACCUUACAUAUUUCUAAGUAUUUGCUAUACAUAUUUUCAAGUAUUUGCCUUAAGUGCUUUAAGUAUUUGUUUUAUGGGGAGUAUGUGCAAUGUUUAAUUUAUGUAAUGUUUAAUUUAUUCAUGUUUGUUAAAGCGUGCUUUAUUUGAGUUAUAAUAUUGAGUUAUAUGUUAUACUGCAUUUUAUUAACAAGUAAGUUGAAAAUUAAGAAACAAGUUUUUUGUAAGAAGUAUGUCACCUUCAGUGAAGGUGAAAUAGUUUUUAAAGAUUUUUAGUCAUUAGAGUUAGCUCGUUGCCGUUUGAGAUUUUAAGAUACAACAGUAGUUAUGCUCUUGAGAAUCGUGGAUGAAUCAUUACGACUUCGACGAUAAGUUUAAGAUGUUAGGGGGAUAAAUCUUUACGACUUCCUUAACUAGAAAUAUGCAUUUAUUUUCCUUUUAUUUUGAUUUAAAUAUGUCAAAUCUUAUCUUUUCAUUCAUUUUGCCUGUUAGUUAUCUCUGUUUCGUCAUGAUUCUUCAUCUCAGCCAAAGGAUGACGUAGAAAACAUUUAAAUUUUUUAUUUGCUAGUGAAAGGAUAAGAUUUCCAUUAGAACAUUUUUUAGGGGAAACUAAUGUGUGCUUUCAUUGGAAUCAAUCAAAGUGAGCUCAUGGGGCACAACAUCAACAAUACAAGUUGAUAGAUUGACCUCCCAUAUAACUACACUAUUUAACAUCAAUACAUGAAUGAGCUAAAAGAUGAGCAAUACUGUUUGAUUCUCUAAAAAUAAAGUUCCAUUCUCUAACUGAGCAUUCUUCACCCAGAUAAAGAAUGCUUCUGCAGAUGUUGUCCAGUUCAUUUCUACAUUCCUCCUGAUUCUAUCCACCAAUCUUUCACAGCUAAUCGAAUGCCAACAUCAUAGCAAGACCUUUUGCAAUCUCAAAAUAUGAACAUCUGUAUAUUCUAUCUAUUCAGGAGUCCAUGUUGCUUCUACUGCCACAGGCUCAUCUCUUUCAUAGAAUAAAAGGUAAGCAUUUACACGCAAAAUAGCUUCCUCCUCCCAAACAAUCACCUAAAGAUAAAAGUCAAAAUUAAAUUCAAAAGGUAUUCAAAAGGUAAAAUCGCUGCCAAACGGGAUCAUCCAUAGUUUUGAAGAGUUCAUCCGCCUAUUCACCACCGAAUUCACAUCCUAAAAGAGAAGGUCAAUCCACUCCAAGGCCUUAGUCGACAUAAAAAAAGAAGAAGGAGAGAACCUGAGGGCGUUCUACACAAGGUGGUCGUGUCGUCAUGGCAGUUCACGACUUGACCACGAAAACCACAGCUCAUCAGUCCUAAUGGACUCCACCAAAAACAGCGAGCUGCGUAGAUCAUUGGCGAAGCGGCCGGUGAUGUCUUCUUCCGAACUGGAAGCAAAAGUGGAGAAAGCAAUAAUGUUCGAAGAAACCUUAGUUGUUGGGUUAGUGUGCAUAUUUGAACCAAUGCGGCAAACAAAAGACGAUCAAGCAAGGCGUCAACCGCCAAACGCUAUUCACACAUAGCAUAGUGGGUACAGUCUUAAUCUCAUAAAUGAUCCGAAAAGUAUCCGUAAGUAUCCAUAAAUAUCCAUAAAUGAUCCGAAAAGUGGACAGUCUUAAUCUCUGUCGAUUAGGGAAGCCAUUCGGCAGAUUUUUAUUAAUCUCUGUCGAUUAGGGAAGCCAUUCACACAUAGCAUAGUGGGUACAAACUACCUAAACAGCACCUAAAGAUUACAAAUUUACAUCUAGGUCCUCGUCGUUUCCUCCUUGGACAACCCCCCCCCCCCCCCCCCCGGCAAGCUGGUGCGUAUAUGUCAAGACGAUCCAGCUUGGCCUGCAACUGAUGAAAAACAUGAACUGGAAGGGACUUUGUAAACAUAUCAGCUAACUGGUUAGCAGAGGAAACAUGCAAAACCUUAAUCACUCCAUCCAGAAUCCUAUCUCGAAUGACAUGACAGUCAAUCUCGAUAUGCUUUGUGCGUUCAUGAUUGACUGGAUUGUCAGCAAGUUUGAUGGCAGAUAGACUAUCACAAUAUAUGGGAGUAGGAGAAGAAAAGCAAACAUGCAAAUCAAGCAGAACAUAUCUCAGCCAUAUGAUUUCACAUGUUAAACUGGCCAUUGCUCUAUAUUCAGCUUUAGCUGAAGAGCGGGAAACAGUUUUCUGUUUCUUUGAACGCCAACUAAUUAACGAAUUCCCUAACAGAACACAAAAUCCUGUUGUAGACCUGCGUGUGUCGGGACAACCAGCCCAAUCACUAUCACAAAAAGCAUUCAUUUCAGUUCAGAAGCAGCAGAAAAGAAUAGUCCUUGACCUGCAGUGCCCUUGAUGUAAUGUAAAACACGUUCAGCAGCUUGCAUAUGAAGGUCAGUGGGACUGUGUGUGAACUGACUUAAUUGAUGAACUGAAUAGGCUAAAUCAGGACAAGUAUUGCAAAGAUAAAGCAAUCUGCCUACCAAACGCUUAUAAACAGAAGGGUCAGAAAGUGUAUUACCAGAAGUAGCAGAGUGCUUAGUACCUGGAACAGAAGGAGAGUCACAAGGUUCUGCACUAAGAAAACCAUAAUCGGUUAACAAAUCUAAAGCAAAUUUCCUUUGAUAUAAUAGAAUACCCUUCUCUGUCCUAGCAAUCUCUAGUCCAAGAAAGAAUUUUAAUUCACUAAGAUCCUUGAUGGUGAAGGUAUGAUCUAGUUGGUGUUUGAGAUUAGUAAUAGCUUGGAGAUCAUUUCCUGCCAAAAUAAUGUCGUCAACAUACACAAGUGCAAUGGUAAACGAUUUAUCAUGGCUGCGAACAAACAUAGAAUAGUCUGCUUUAGACUGUUUGUAACCAGCUGAAGUUAAAAAAUUAGAAAGUUUAAUAUUCCAUUGACGGCUGGCUUGUUUUAACCCAUAGAUUGAUUUGUUAAGACGACAUACAGGAUUCUUAAAUCCUGGAGGUACUACCAGACCUGGAGGAAUCUUCAUGUAGACCUCUUCAUCAAGGUCUCCAUGAAGAAAUGUUGUAUUAACAUCAAGUUGAUGCAAGUGCCAAUUGUUAAUAGCAGCUAAGGAUAAAACAAGACGAACAGUGGUGUGUUUAACAACAGGUGCAAAGGUUUCUAAAUAGUCUAGACCAGGAGUUUGAGUGUACCCUUUGGCCACUAAAUGAGAUUUAAACCUUUCUAUUUCACCAUUUGAAAGAAAUUUAAUUUUGAACA